ACAAGAGGUGGCCUCCACGUGGCAAGAGCUGGGCAACAUAUUCAUUAUGUUGGCAAACUACCUCAUGUUUAUGUAAUGGUUAAUUUUCGGUGGUUUAAAAUAAUAAGAUCAAAUAUGUUUGUUUCGUAUGUAAAUAAAUUUCUCGCUUUUUUUUCCUACAAACAGUUCUGCACAUAAGGUAUUAUUCUUAAAAUAAUCUAGAUAUUUAUGUUUAGAUCGUGAACAUGCUUUAACACUGGUGGCCGAGUUUUUACAUACACGACCAGUAACUUUCAAACUGUGAAAUAAACAAACGUUUUCCUUCUUUAAUCAUGUUUACCAAAAAAUACUGGUGGUGACAUCAAAGGAUGUUUAUUUGUGGUAAAAAUAACAUUAUUAUGUAAUUAGGUAAUUAUAAAAUUAUCAUGGUCAUUGUCAAAUAAGAAAUCAAUGAGAGGAUGAAGAGAAAAUUUUCGCGGGUUAUCGAGUAAUUAUGGUAAGUGUUGUUGCUCAAAUGUUAAAGUAUGUAUAUAGGCAGAUGAUUUCUUUUACUGUAUCAUACAAUCAUGGCUGAACAUCCAUGUAUUUACUGCAAUAUUGAGGUCACUUCUCGUGCGCACGCUAUUGCAUGUGAUUCAUGUGGAAGAUGGAGUCACCGUAGACACACCGGUAAGUCUUAGUAAUUUCUUAGUGAUAAUAUAGAUACAUUAAAAUUGUGAAUUGUGUUGUCGCCUGUAAUGUCGUGAUUUAAAACUGAUCAUAAGUAAUGCCUUAAUUAACGUAAAUUAACAGAUAAAAUUUAAUGUAGUAAUGUUUGUUAAUAAUAUAAAUUAAACUAAAUAAUAUUUACGUUCUUAUUUUUCAGGUUUUCAGGAGUCUACGUCGCAGACUGGGGGAUCUCUCUGUAGAGUGGAUUAUGUUAGACUUUGAAGCUGCAACUUGGCAGGCGAUAAGAGAGGUUUUUCCUGAUGCCGUGAUACGGGGAUGCGUCUUCCACUUUACACAGCGGAUAUACAGGAAGAUCACCACAGAGGGACUGAGUACCGCGUAUCAGCAACAUGGUGACAAGUUCGAGUUCUUCAGGAAAAUUAUGUCCCUUCCUUAUCUACCAGUUGAACAGAUUGAACCGGCAUUCAACAGGCUGAUGGAGGUAGCUGAAGGAGUCGGGGGUCCCGUACUGCGGGUAUGCGAGUACAUUUCCCGUACAUGGAUCCACGGCAGUGUAUGGCGACCCCUCAAUUGGUGCGUGUUUAGAGAGGAGGUGCGAACGAACAACGACUUGGAAGGAUGGCAUAGACGCAUCAACGCACGAGCGUGUUCAGCCAACCUCGGGCUUUACAAGUUGGCCAACCUUCUCAGAGAGGAAUCUGAGACUGUUGAUCUUCAUAUACGGCUGGUGAGCCAGCACCUUCUCACGAAGAUCAGGCGGAAGAAGUAUGUUACGAUACACGGCAGACUGCAUCAAGCAUGGGAUGACUACGAAGAAGAGAAGCUGACAACAACUGAACUUCUGAGGAUCAUCAGCCACAUCAAUGCCCUCGGACCAUCCACAGCGGUCCACCACAUGCUCGACGACGACGAGGCUUGAAAGAUGAACGACUGAUAUGGUUGAAAUGUAACAUUAAAUUGAACAGUGUCGUACAUGUAUCUAAUUUGUAUUAGAAAAUCUGAAUGAUAAAAAUGUGUGAUAAAAAUGUAAAAAUAUU